CAUCUAGUGGAUGAUUACUUCUGCGAGAAUCCUCUCUAUUGCAAGAAAGUUUUCCGCAGAAGAUUCCGAAUGACAAGACCACUCUUUCUACGUAUUGUUAAUGCUUUGGGCGAGUGGUCUCCGUAUUUCACUGCAAGGACAGACGCUCUUCACCGUCAAGGUCUUUCUCCGCUACAAAAAUGUACAACGGUUAUUCGCCAAUUGGCGUACGGCACCCCCGCGGAUAUGCUCGAUGAGUACCUAAAGAUCGGCGAGAGUACGGCGAUUGAAUGCAUUCAGAAUUUUGUGGAAGGCGUGAUUGAUAUCUUUGGUGCAGAGUAUUUGCGAAGACCCAAUACUGAAGAUACGGAGCGCUUACUUCAUAUCAGCGAGAGUCGUGGGUUUCCCGGCAUGUUAGGAAGCCUUGAUUGUAUGCACUGGCAUUGGGAGAGAUGUCCGGAAGCAUGGAUGGGACAGUUUACUCGUGGGGACAAAGGUUUCCCGACACUUAUUUUGGAGGCCGUUGCAUCACAGGAUCUUUGGGUAUGGCAUGCCUACUUUGGUGUUGCCGGAUCGAACAACGACAUCAACGUUCUUAAUCAAUCACCGUUGUUCGUUGAGCACUUGCGAGGGCAAGCUCCCAAGGUGAAUUACUUUGUCAACGACAAGCAAUAUCAACAUGGUUAUUACCUUGUUGAUGGAAUAUACCCAGAGUGGGCGGCAUUCGUGAAGACAAUUUCCCUCCCGCAGACAGAGAAGCACAAAUUAUUUGCCAAACAUCAAGAAGGGGCUAGGAAGGAUGUGGAACGCGCGUUUGGUGUGUUGCAAGCUCGAUUUUCCAUUAUACGUCACCCAGCAUGUAUGUUUGACCGCGGCGAUAUUGAAAAUGUCAUGAUGGCUUGCAUCAUUCUUCACAAUAUGAUUGUCGAAGAUGAAAAAGAGAAGGCGGCCGAUAUCAUCGAUUUGAACGAGAUCGCAAGCACGUCGACCGUUGAACCAUCGGUAUUCACUCAUGGUGACAUUCCGUAG